AUGCUACCGCUUCUGUUCUUCCUUCUCCCCUCCCUCACCCUCUCCUCCCCCGCUGUCUUCCCCUCUGAUGACAGUAACAGCCCUUCCUCCUCAGCCAAUAACAACAACAACAACAACAACCACAACAACCCCACCGAUCUAACAGCCCCAACCCCAGAAUACCCCCUCCCCUGGAGCCUCACUCACUCCUCCUCCUCCCCAGCAGAGCCAGACAUCUGGACCGACGACCCCACCCUCGCCACCCCCUCCCCGCAAUACCCCCUCCCCUUCGCCUCCACCUCCAACAGCACUUUCGCAUCCCUAGUCUCGCAAGCCAGAAUCAGAAUCGGCUGCACAAACAACCCCGUCGACGCGUCCGAGUUAGAGAACAGUCUCACUUGCUUGAGCAACUGGUGCAGCACCGGGAACACGAUCCCGCCCCGUGGGGGGGAGUUUUGUAAUGUUGGGGGGAGUAUGAUGUAUAUCUGUUCUUAUGGAGGUGAUAACCCUUGCAGUGCUAAUGAGAUGGUUACUGCUUGGGGGAGUAUACAGAGGGAUUGUGGGCCGGGCAGGGGGGGGUGGUGGUUUAGUAAUGAUUGGAAGAAGACUUAUGGGAUCGAUUCGGCAGGGGCGAACGUUUGUGGGAAUUUGUAG